AUGGCAGAAGAGAACCAAGACAAGCCCUGUGCCCAUGUAGAGUUUGAAACGGUAGAAGCCAGAAGUGUUUGUAACAGGAAGUUGGAGCCUACUUGCGCAGUUUGCUAUUUGAAAAUAACAAGUAAAGAAUCUGUCAUGUCAGCCCUUUCAGAAAUUACAUGGAAAUGGAUGGAUUUACACGAUUCAGUUUCUUCCUGCAGCACGGUCAGAAUAAAUAUGAAUGUCAAGCCUGCAGAUGGGAAUCAACCUCAGCAGGGAUGGUGCUUGCCUUCCUACUUGACCACAACACUGGUAUCUGGGCAGAAAGCAGAAACACUGCCUGUUGCAAACCAGGAAGACAACCAAGGUGCAACAGCUCAAUGUCAACUUUCUGCUAAGUCUGCUGCUUUGAAUGAUGAUUGCAAUGAUAAUUCAGGCUGGACUCCACUUCACCAUGCUGCAUUCUAUGGAAACAUUUCUUUGAUCAAGUAUCUUCUUCAUAGACGUGCAGCUAUCAAUAGCAGGAGUAAGUAUUAUUAUACGGCAAUGCAUAGGGCUGCUUAUAAUGGACACACUGACGCAGUGGAUUACCUCUUACACCGUGGAGCCCUUCUUGAGCCCCAGACUCGCUGUGGAGCAAGCCCACUUCACUGCAGUGCAGCUGCUGGUUGCCUAAGCACAGCUCAGCUCUUAAUAAAAUAUGGAGCCUCUGCAGACAUUAAAGAUAACAAUAAGUGGACGCCAUUACACUGGGCCUGCUUGAAUGGGCAUACAGACCUCAUUGAACUGCUGCUGAAUGAGGGAUCUUCACUGAAUGAGAAGACAGACUAUGGUCUGACUCCACUGCAAUUAGCAGUUGAGGCUGGAAACAUCAAGGCCACCUACCAUUUAUUGAAGAAAGGAGCAGACAUAGAUGCCAGGGAUGAAAAUAAUCAAACUGCUCUGCACAAAGCUGCUGCAAAUGGAAAUAUGGAGAUCUUGCAGCUGUUACUAACACAAAAUGCCACAGUGGAUGCUUCAGAUAGAAACCAGCUCACGCCUUUGCACAGAGCUGCAGAUAAUGGAACAGUCGCUGCUCAAUUGUUGUUGCAGUUUGGUGCUUUUGUCAACAGCAGAGAUGUACUACAGAUGACUCCUCUGCAUCGUGCUGCUUUCCAAGGUCAUGUGACAGUGACUGGGGCUCUAAUUGAACAUGGUGCUGAUGUCCAUGCCAGAGACUGGAUGGAUAAGACUCCUUUACAUCUGGCUGCAGAGAAGGGCCACUGUCAUGUUGUACAGCUACUGAUUAGUAAUGGCGCUGACGUGCUAGCCAAAACAAAGUGGAAUGAGACAGCAGUCAAUCUCGCCAUGGACAGAAAUCAUCAAAAGGUUGUUAAUGUCCUGAGAGGACGAAGUAUAAAAGAAUAAGAGUGCGUGUUUAGAUUAUAAAGUGAAUGGGCUACUUUUCACAAACAGAACUAUAUGGUAUAUUCAUAUUUAAAGUUGAUGUGGCAUCUCUAAGACAAGCAUCUUGUACAAUUUUUAUCCUCCACUCUCUCUGUCGUGUUGCCCCCAGGAGCAUAUUAAUUUUAAUCCUCCUUCCUGUAAAACUCACACACAACAGUAAAGGUCAGAAUAGAAGGUCAAAGAUGACAAAGAGGAAGGAAAUGGAUCUUUUUGAGAUUGACGAUAACAAAGGGAAGGAUGAUAGUGAGGGGUGGCACGGUGGCUCAGUGGUUAGCCCUGCUACCUCACAGUACCAGGAAUCCGGGUUCGAUUCACACUCAGGCGACUGUCUGUGUGGAGUUUGCACAUUCUCCCCAUGUCUGCGUGGGUUUCCUCUGGGUGUUUCGGUUUCCUCCCACAGUCCAAAGAUGUGCAGGCUAGGUGGAUUAGCCAUGCUAAAUUGCCUGUAGUGUCCAGGGAUGUGCAGCCUAGAUGGAUUAGCGAUGGGAAAUGCAGGAUUACAGAGUUAGGAUAGGGGAAUGGGUUUUGUUGAGAUGCCCUUUGGAGGGUCGGUGUGGACCUGUUGGGCUGAAUGGCCUGUUUCCACACAGUAGGGGUUCUAUGAUUCUAUGAAGAUGGUAAGUAAAACAAUGCAAAGUCCAAUCCUGAAUUUUUGAACUGAUAACCUACCCCUUGAUCCUCUGCUAUUUCUGCCAAAUUUCCUUAUAUCUAACACCUACUUUUUCCACAAACAUCCAAUCAGAUAUUUUCAACCAGAAUUAAAUGUUGUUAGUGAACUCCUGAUUAAGUCUACAAGGUUUCCUCAGAAAACUGUUCUCGCUGCAUCCUGUGAUCCACUCAGUGCCAUGUGUCACCAAAUGCACACUCUCUCUCCAUCCAUACCACCUUAUGGUAGUGGCUCAGAACUGCCCUGCUCAACUAUAUCCUGUAGCUCAGAGAUAAAUAGGGAGUAUGGAAUAAAUAGGGAG